AUGUCAGUGAAAGCUCGAGCUAUUUAUACUUUCCAGAGCGAAAACAAAGAGGAGAUUAGUAUACAGGAAAAUGAGGAAGUGGUUAUUUACGACGAGAACUCCGUGGAUGGAUGGUAUCAAGGGGAGAACAGCAAAGGGCAAAAGGGUCUCUUCCCGGCGUCGUACGUGGAGGUUCUGCGGAUUCGCUCCAACUCCAACCUGACGGAUUAUUCCAUCAGCCCGGCCGGAUCUCUGGGCAACAACUCGUCCUCUUCCUUCAACCACGGAACUCCGAAUUCGACCAAUGCGCAUCUGCAGCAAAGUUACAGCUACGAAGAUGACGAUUACGACGACUGGGACGAUUGGGACGACCGAUCGACUGUUGUGGAUGAAAUCGAACCCACGAGUCAUUCGACGAGGGGUCCAGACGCCAACGGCCACGCCCAUCCAAGUCCAAUCACCAACUCCCGGAACCCCAACGUUCAUUAUCGAUCCAGGCCACCCAUGGAGCGCCAAGACAGUAUCUCCAGCAAAAAAAGCAGCAUGGUUGGAAGAAACUUGAACCGGUUUUCCAGUUUUGUCCGCUCCGGGGUGGAAGCGUUCGUUUUGGGCGAUGUUCCAAUGAUGGCCAAGAUCGCGGAGUCUUACACGAUUGAGAUGGGAACUCUUGGGCCGAGCUGGAAGGACAACCCGAACCCUUUUGUCUGUUCUAUCGAAGAUCCGACCAAGCAGACCAAAUUCAAAGGCAUUAAAACGUACAUAUCGUAUCGUGUCACGCCUUCCCACACGGGAGGGCCGGUUUACAGACGCUACAAGCACUUUGACUGGCUUUACAACCGGCUUUUGAGCAAAUUCACUGUGAUAUCCGUGCCGCAUUUGCCCGAAAAGCAGGCGACAGGAAGGUUCGAAGAGGACUUUAUCGAUAAGCGCAAGAGACGGCUUGUGUUAUGGAUGAACCACAUGACCAGCCACCCCGUCCUCUCCCAGUACGAAGGCUUCGAACACUUUCUGAUGUGCGCAGACGACAAGCAGUGGAAGUUGGGCAAAAGGCGCGCGGAGAAAGACGAGAUGGUUGGCGCGCACUUUAUGCUAACGCUUCAGAUCCCCAAUGAACACCAGGAUCUGCAGGACGUAGAGGAGCGAGUGGACACCUUCAAAUCCUUCGCCAAAAAGAUGGACGACAGCGUGUUGCAGCUGACGCACGUAGCUUCGGAGCUGGUUCGGAAGCACGUGGGCGGCUUCCGGAGGGAGUUUCAGAGACUGGGCAACGCCUUUCAGUCCGUGAGCCACUCGUUCGCACUAGACCCGCCCCACGGCUCGGACUCUCUCAACAACGCCAUCUCGCACACGGGGAGGACCUACGAGAACAUUGGGGAGAUGUUCGCGGAGCAGCCCAAGCACGACCUCUUCCAAAUGCUGGACAAGCUGUCGCUGUACCAAGGCCUGCUCGCCAACUUCCCAGACAUCAUCCACCUGCAGAAAGGUAACGAUCACAGACAAACUCACACAUUCUCAAACCGUGAAGACAGAGGUGUUUGUUUAAGCUACGAGGAGGAGGAGGAGGGAGGUCAGAGUGUGUGGAGGAGGUCAGAGUGUGAGGAGGAGGAGGGGGUCAGAGUGUGUGGAGGAGGUCAGAGUGUGUGGAGGAGGUCAGAGUGUGAGGAGGAGGAGGGGGUCAGAGUGUGUGGAGGAGAGUGUGAGGAGGAGGAGGAGGUCAGAGUGUGUGGAGGAGGUCAGAGUGUGAGGAGGAGGAGGGGGUCAGAGUGUGAGGAGGAGGAGGAGGUCAGAGUGUGUGGAGGAGGUCAGAGUGUGAGGAGGAGGAGGAGGUCAGAGUGUGUGGAGGAGAGUGUGAGGAGGAGGAGGAGGUCAGAGUGUGAGGAGGAGGAGGAGGUCAGAGUGUGUGGAGGAGGUCAGAGUGUGAGGAGGAGGAGGGGGUCAGAGUGUGAGGAGGAGGAGGAGAGUGUGAGGAGGAGGAGGAGGUCAGAGUGUGAGGAGGAGGAGGAGGUCAGAGUGUGUGGAGGAGGUCAGAGUGUGAGGAGGAGGAGGAGGUCAGAGUGUGUGGAGGAGCAGUCACAGAUGGGAGCGGUGAGGAACCAGAAGGAGCCUGGAGGAAGGAAUGGUCGGGAGAGGGUGGAGGAGGGGAUAAGAAAGGGGCAGGGGUGA